GCCGCCUGCCUCGACGCCCUGCUGCGCGCGCUGCCCCCCGCCGACCCCGACGCCGACGCCGCGAGCGACCACGCACACGAGGCUGAAUUAACGGAGUCUUUGCUGGAACUCUUGCCUCUUUUACCUUCUCUAGCAGAGGAUUCUGGUGGUCGUUCACGGUUGUUUGCACUGCGAUGUGCACCAGGAGUUGUGAAGCAUCUUCUCAAUGUGACAACUGAUGAAUAUUCUCUUGGUCAGAAGAUCUGCACACUUUUUCAAGCCACACUACGACGUUUGGAUGAUGUGGAUGACGAAGUACGUGGUGCUGCUCUAAGAUGUGCUGAAAGAAUAUUGCCUCUGAUACCUAAAAUAGCAGGGGCUGCUGUACAGGCUGACAGUGCCUAUGAUGUACUACUCAUUCAUCUUGAUGAUCCUAAUCCAAAGUUUCGGGCCGGUGUAUUAGAUGUCUUGGAGCGUAUAGGCCAGUUGUACCCAGAAUCCUUAUGUGAGAAAACAAGAGAAGCCCUUGCAAAAUUUCGAAAUCCAUCGGAACCUGAAGAAUUAUUGAAGAGAUUAGAAGCAUGCACUGUUAGUACAGAAUAAUGAAUUGUUUUUUUGCUGUACAUUUUUAGUUUCAUUCACAGACUGUUAUUCAUGUAUAAAUUAAAGUUUGGAAAUACUUUUAAUUUCUUACAUUUGUCAAACAGGAAUAUGAAAAAUGAAUGUGAUAGGGGGAAACAAUCAGAGUAUCAUGGAGACAAAUAGAUUGGAAUGUGUUGAAUACAUGUAACAACCUUUGUGAUGAAUUUAUAACAGUUGGUCAUUGGGUUAGUUGUCUGUGAUUCCAUAAAACUUCUUGCUGAUUCUCCCUCAACAAGCAAGUGGCAGGGCAGCUAGUUACUCAACCCAAAAUUUCCAUUCUAACAGAAUCUAAUCACCUUGUGCAAUAGCUCUCUGAAAUAACUAAUAAUGAAGAGAUGAAGGCAACAUGAGUACAAUAAUAGCUCAUUUUCAAUGAAGGAAAAAAGGUUUUGCAAAUUCAAACAUUCUCAGUUUGUAAGUUCACUCCUUGCUCUCUUUCAACAUACAGUAGUACUAUAAACACGUCUAUACAUGUUUGUUUUUCGGAAAUUUCUUUUGGGUGUAUGAAACGCAUUAUCAAAAAGGAACCCCAUAACAUGUUUAGUUGUAUUGGUGACCAAAUAAAUGAAGACAAAAAUCUAUUUAACUGACAUCAGAUUUACUGCUUACCAAGGAACAUAAUACAGCACUGAUCUAUUUUACUCUAAUGGUUACACCUAAUUGUUAUGUGAUUGUUGAAUGUUAAUCAAUUUCAGUCUGUUUUUUAAAAAUAUCAUGCCAUAGUAUAAUUAUUUGCUGUCUAUUGGAUUUACAAAAAUAUAUGUUAAUUUAUAUAGCAUUAAUAGUAAUAUUACGGUAAUGAAGAUCUAUGUUUUCAAUAUAAAGAGGGAGAAGUGGGUUCAACUUCACUUGCAUGACCUACCAACAACCAACCAAAUAAGAAGUCCCAUGAAAAAUAAUCUAAAUCUAGGAAAAUAAUCUACUUACAUUUUAAAAUUUGUCCAUGUUUAGAAUAAAGAAAAAAAAUUGCUUGAAAAUAUG